CAGUAUCAACUGAAAAAUGAAAUGGACUUCACUGUAACAUUUUUCGUUAUAACAAUAAUUUUUCAGAAUAUAUACGAAUGCAAUGGAAGAAAUUUCAGAAACAACUAUAGACUACAUCAGGCACAAAGGAGAAAUUAUAGGCAAGAAGAGGAUUCAGACGAUUCAGAGAUAAUUAAUCAAAGAUAUUACAAUUACCAUCCUGGAUCAAAUGCAAGACGUAGUAAUUGGCCACAUAUACCUAAUGUACCUGAAGAAACAUUUAGGAGACAAGGCGGCCGUAGUUAUGACAAUCUUAAUGGUAUAAAACUCGGGUCUACUGAAAUUGACGACAGUCAAUUCAAUCUUAAAUAUACCGAUGCUAAAAUACUUCCAGAUACACAAAGGACGUAUGGCAGAAACGACAAUACAUUUGACAAACAAAAUAAUAGACGCUCACAGACAUUUUUUGACAAUUUGCAACUCUUGACACAGAAUAACAAUUUGUCAGAACAAGAUGAAUUCUUGCAGGACUAUGCAAAACAAUAUCAAAAAUAUCAGUUAGAAAUGGCAAAGAAAAGAAUGGAACAAUUGCAAUGGGAAAAUAAUCAUAACCAUAAGAUUGUUCUGCAGAAACUUCGAGGUUCUCAGGUGUCAGACAAAUAUAGGAAGAGAAAACCCAAUCGAAAUAAUAAAAGCUAUGCCUACGUGUACCUAGACUUAGAACAGUUAGAAAACGUCAUAAAAAAAUAUAGACGGCAACAUGAUGAAGUAUCAAGUGAAACCAAUAUUGCUUACCUGAAGGAUAUACCGUUUGAUGAUCCCGCCGUCAGCUCUGAUGAUGAUGAUGACGAUGAUGCGACACCUAAACAAGUCAACACGAAACCUGGCUCUAAACAGAACUGGUUCCAAAAUUCUGUGCACACAUACAACCAUAUAAAAAUAAGUCCAGAUGCUCCAGAUUUUAAGGACUUUAUGCCUCUGACCAAAGUAGCUCAAAAUGGGAGUCAAUGGUGGUUUUAUAACCAAGCUGAUCACACUAUAUUGACAGACAGAAGGAAACAUGUACGAAAUGAAUAAAGUAUUUUAUAUCUG